AUGCUGCCCAGCGCAUCCUUCAUUCGUUUCUGGUCGACCGACCUGACUCGCGAUGCCUUCCUGUCGCAUAUGUCCAGGGACGACCUCGCCAGUCUGCGACUGGUCUGCCAUGACUUCAGCAUCUACGCUGAGCCGCUGCUCUUCGCGGAGCUAUCUGUCUCCUUUCGCAGCAGCACAUUCACCCGGCCUGCGCGCAUGGCUGCCCUGGACCGCAUUGGCAGACAUGUCAAGUCACUCACGCUGACCAUCCCGCACUCGCCGUCGACCUUUCUACCACCGCUGCUGGACCCGAUCACCGGCGAGGAGCAGACCUUCAUCUAUACGCCACAGGUCUACCCGUCUUCAUCGCGGCUCAGCGGACCCAAGUAUGGAACCUGGGAGAUGACCGACCUGCUGACGAAACAGUACCCUCCGCUGUUCCAUGCGGCAACCAACAUUCCUUCCUUCACGCGUGCAUUUAGUGCGCUGCAUGCUCUGACCAAGCUUACCCUCUCAUGUCCGAACCAGUCGGCUCCCCAUCGCUAUCGGCGCAGCGUGGUAGACUAUGCACUUAUCUCAUUGCGUUGCGCGAUUGAGCAUUGCCCGCUGCCACGGCUUACCUCUCUCUCGCUUCUGCCCAUGCACCCGGGCGCUCUGCUCUACUUGCGUCCGACGCCCGUGGGGAUCGGGACGUCUCCUGCCUCUUGCAAGCGCUGGAGACGCAUCACCAACUUGCACAUUGAGAUGGAUUCCUUUCCGUACGCCGACGGUGAAGCCACGGACCAUGUGAGGUCUCUAAACUCGUACAUCCAGUGCUUCCCGCAUCUCCACCGUCUCAAGUUCCGUUGGCUGGGUGCCAGGGGACCGUCACCCAUCUCUCUAUCUACAGAGCCGUGCCUUGCAAGAGACAAAGACCAAUUCUCGUCUGCACGCCCGAAGCGUUUGAAUACGUUGAAGUUCUCUUCCUUGCAUACCCUGGAGAUAGAGAACGUUCACGUCGACGCAUCGCAGGUGUCGUUGUUCAUACGUGACCACCUCCGGUCCCUGCGCGAGAUCAACUUUGACGCCACGACGUUGAGGUCGGGAACAUGGGACGACGCCCUGGCGCCGCUGGCUCCAUCACCGAAAAAGACGAAACCGUCACCGCCGCGGCCAUCCAAGAAGCCGGCGGCCAGGGAGGUAGAGGUGAUGGAUGUUCCGCUCGUCCUGAGCGCGGCGGGCAUGGAGAUCAAGCAGCUGCAGAAACUGGUGCUGGAGGAGGCCAGCCGACGCAGAAAGAGCUCCAGGAGCAAGUCCAGCAUCAGGCUAUGGGGUAAGGGCAAGGCCACAUCGACUGUGGGAGUCGCAGCAGCAGGAGUCGCAGCGGCCGCGGGCACUGGGGCGAGGAUAGGGUAUGGCCAUGUCCAGCUGCAGAGGGCGACAGAGCGGACGCGCGAGCUGCUGUGGUGUGGACCAGAGCAUAUGAGGCGGCUGCUGAGGGCUUCUGUCAUGCGUGUCCGGGCCUUCUAA